GAGGAAGUUCAGCUCCGGGAUUGAUGGGUAACACACCUACUGGUCCUGGCAGCAGACUGGAUCGCAGCAGCAGCGCGCUUUCUCUCCGUCCAGCAGUUCCCGUGGCCAGAGCAGAUCCACGUAUUAUGGGAAAAUGACAAUCAAGUUUGUGGCAGCAGCCUUCUUCACACUUAUGGUCGCUCAAGGUGCUCGCUCUGAUCUACUGGAAUAUGGCGACGAUGAUGAAGAUCUCCACGACACCACUGUCAGUCAGAUGUUGGUGCCCAGGUCGCACCAGGAGGACGCCACUCUCAUCCUGAACAACCUGCUGAAGGAAUACGACAAGACGCUGCGGCCGGACAUCGGAGAGAAACCGACCGUCAUCGAUGUGGGCAUAUAUGUCAACAGCAUCGGGCCUGUGUCAUCCAUUGAUAUGGAGUACCAGAUCGAUAUCAUCUUUGCCCAGACCUGGGUGGACACCCGACUGCGGUACAACAGCAGCAGCAUGCGGAUUCUCACCCUCAACAGCAAUAUGGUCGGCCUGAUCUGGCUUCCUGACACAAUCUUUAGGAAUUCCAAGAAUGCAGAUUCCCACUGGAUAACAACACCCAAUCAGCUUCUUCGCAUCUGGAACAAUGGAAAAAUACUUUACACCCUGAGGAUGACAAUCAACGCAGAAUGCCAGCUGCAGCUCCAUAAUUUCCCGAUGGACGAACACUCCUGUCCUCUCGUCUUCUCCAGCUACGGCUACCCACGAGAUGAGAUUGUGUACAAGUGGAAGCGAAACUCUGUGGAGACUUCAGACCAGAAAUACUGGAGGCUCUACCAGUUUGACUUCAUGGGGCUCAGAAACACAACAGAUGUACUCACGACCACAGCAGGUGACUACGUACUGAUGACGGUUUACUUCGACCUCAGUAGGAGGAUGGGCUACUUCACCAUCCAGACCUACAUCCCCUGCAUCCUGACUGUGGUCCUCUCCUGGGUCUCUUUUUGGAUCAAAAGCGACGCUACGCCUGCGAGGACGGCUCUUGGUAUCACCACAGUGCUGACCAUGACCACCCUGAGUACAGUAGCCAGAAACUCCCUACCAAGAGUGUCCUACAUUACCGCCAUGGACCUGUUCGUUACAGUCUGCUUCCUGUUUGUCUUUGCUGCAAUGAUCGAGUACGCUAUGCUCAACUACUAUUCCUACAUUAUACGCAGACCUCCGCCAAGGACACAGAGAAUGGCCUAUUCAUCCUUCAACACAGGCCGCACACCUCGGCCCAUGAUGCCGAUGGGCAACUCCUUGUUCUGGCACGACUACGACGACAGCUGCCUGUACGAGUGCCUGGAUGGGAAAGACUGCAAGAGCUUCUUCUGCUGCUACGAGGAGUGUAAAGAAGGAGGUUGGAGGAGAGGACGGAUCCACGUCAACAUAAGCGAGCUGGAUUCCUACUCCCGAGUAUUCUUCCCCACGUCCUUCUUGCUCUUUAACAUCGUCUACUGGGUCAGCUACCUCUACCUCUAGUCCAUCUGGGCUGUGAUCCGUGGGCCCCGUCCAAACCGCUCACGCCAUGUUGCACCGCGGCGAGUGAACUGAGGUCUUAACUAAGCAUAGUGGAGGAAAUGAGGUACAUCUGUAACAAACUUGCUUGCUUCUGGAGUAACAAAGUCAAGACCGUGGUACUUUGAGAAGUGGCGCUUUAUGGUGACUAAAAAGCUCAGUUGUGGAAUAACAAGCCGCCAAUUUCACUUCAAAGGAAAGGUCCGUUUCAUGACUCUGGAAAACCAAACUGUGACUUUAGAGAUGUUAAAGGACAGGGGUUGCAGAGCUGGAUCUUGGCCACUGAGACAGCGAAGCACCCAUAGUGCCUUCUUCAGAAAGGGUGCGGCGCCGAAGAACGCGACUUCAGAGUUCCCUCCAUUAUCUUUAUUACCUCAUCCAUCACGACGCCGCAUGCUGAGCUGGUUAUCUUUUGAUGAAAAAAACCUGGAUCACGGUUCGCACCACUGGAAAUGUUUAAAACUAAAACACACACUAUUCAUUUUGUAGCGCAUUAGUUUUAGUUGUUCCCUAGACUUAGUUCUCUUUUCUAAACCAGUAACGUUUUCUUGAUCUUCUUCUUAUAAUUAUUAUUAGAAUUAGUUGUACUUUUGCAGCGAGUCAACUACACACACACACAUCAGUUGUUAAUUGUUUAAUAUGGGUUAGCGUCAGGGGCAGUGGUUGUCUGGUAAAAUCUUGUUUAUUGAGUCUGUGAGCUUUUGUUUCUGAUGCUUUAUGACCAGACAGUUUAAUGGAAACGACACAAAGAUUUGAGUGUUUUUAAUAAACGCAGGGUUACACUCUUAUACAAGAACUGACAACGGCUGCAUAAAUACGUCACAAUUGGAAAACUAAACAUGAAAGUUGAAUCCAGAUGCGCAUCAGUUAUGUUUCAGUACAUACAUAAAGAUCAGAUUACAAUAGACAGAUAGACAGUUGUGUCAGUCUCUCCCUGAGAUUAGAUAUUACGUUCACAUGCUUUUAUUCUUAGCCAUAUGACUGUAAUCUUCUUUUUUUUCAUCCAUCUGUGCAUUGAUCGGGCUAAAACAAUGGAUUCCUUUCAAUUUUGUUUCAUUACUCUCAUUCUUUCUUUCUUUUUAACCUUUGUCUUUGUAAAUUAAGUUUGAGGUCCAUUUCUUCAGUACUUGGAGCAGAAUUCCAAUUCGAUGUACCAAUUAGCCUUUCACCCUGAGUGAUUAUGUGCCACCUACAAAUCUUCCGGUACUUUAUCCAGUUUUCAACUCCAAAGAGGUUUUCAGCUUUGCUCUAAAACUUAAAACUUCAAAUAAUUGUGACAUAAAUUCAUGGGCAGUGGCAGGAUGAUGAUGGGGUU